GUUUCCUUUCAUUGCCUGUGAAAUUUUCACAUGUGAGAUUGAAAUGAUACUGAAAACACUAGUCGAGGAUGAGGAGUUGAUGUUAUUACUUUUUUCGUUUUUGGAAGCUAAAGAAACCCAUAACUCAUUACUUGCCGGAUACUUUAGCAAGGUUGUCAUUUGUCUGCUGGUGCGGAAGACCAUCCCGUUCAUGCAAUUCAUAAAAGAUCAUCAAGAAAUACUGAAGCAGCUUGUUGAUUUGAUUGGUAUUACAUCUAUAAUGGAGGUUUUAAAACGUCUGGUCGGUACUGAUGAACACUUAUACUCAAGCUACACAAGUGCAAUGCAGUGGGUAGAAGAUACAGAUAUUUUGGAGAUGAUUGUGGACAAGUUUGGCUCCUCCGAUUGUCCCGAGGUACAUGCCAACGCAGCCGAAGUUCUUUGUACUGUAGCAAGAUACGCACCCCCUGGUCUUGCAACAAAACUUUCCAGUCCCAGCUGCACUGGAAGGUUGUUAAAACACACGUUAGAAGAUUCACGGCCUAAGUCUGUACUGGUUAAUUCAUUGUCCGUAUGCAUAUCUCUGCUGGAUCCCAAGAGAUUUACAUUGGGGACUUAUCAUAUAUAUAGUCGUCAACUAACCCAUGGAAGCAUGGUACCUAAUCCCGAGACAGUGGAGGGAAUGCUUUAUAGCCUAGGUGGGCAAAUACAAUAUGGUUGUUAGAUUUUGAUACGUAGUUUCUCUUGUCUGUUGUUGUGUUGACUUCUUAUAUGCUACUUUCCUAUUGUGAGGAUGUGGUUGCGUUGGGAAGAAGUAAUACUAGGUUUGUUUAAGUGGGAUUCAAAUCCUGCCAACAGAUUUCUAUGCACAUUUGUUGAUUGUUUGUAUGGAAACUGGUUGACCUGUACUUUUAAAUUAUGUAUCGAGGCGUACUAUACUAUCAAUUAUGGCAUUUUGCUUUCAG